AUGUCCCAUCUGAGAGCACAUCAGAUAAUCCACACGGGGAAGAAGCCCUAUCAGUAUUCGGACAGUGGGGAAAGCUUCUCACAGAGCUACAAGCUUCGGUUGCAUGAAAAAAGGCACAUUAGCAGGAAGCCGUAUACAUGCCCAUGUUGUGGGAUGCGUUUUGCAAAGAAAGGGGGUCUCCAGAGGCAUGGCAACACACACCGAAGAGAAAAACCAUUCCAGUGCUCAGAUGGUGGGAAAAACUUCAGAGAAAGAAGUCAGCUGGUGGUACACGAGAGAAUCCAUACAGGAGAGAAGCCAUAUGCGUGCUCAGAUUGUGGCAGAAGCUUCAAUUGUCUGUCAAACUUCAACAGGCACAAGAAAGCUCACAGAGGCGAAAAACCACAUAAAUGCUCAGUGUGUGGGGAAAGCUUUAGAAUUCCCUCUGAUCUCAAGCGUCACAAAAGAAUCCACACUGGGGAGAAGCCCUAUCAGUGCUCAAACUGUGGGAAAAGUUUCAGGUGCAGCUCCAGCUUUAAGAUUCACACAGGAGAGAGUCCAUAUAAAUGCUGGGAGUGUGGGAAAAGCUUUGCUGGAAAUGCAGGACUUGAAUCACACCAAAGAAUCCACACAGGAGAGAAACCGUACCAGUGUCUGGAUGGUAGGAAACAUUUCCGACAUAAGUCGGCCCUUCCAGUACAUUAG